AUGUGGGGAGAGGCGCCCCAUGGACGCCCACCGCAGCUGCGGCGACAGCUCCUCCGUGCAAGGCCCUCGCCUCGGCCUGGGUCCUGGGAUGGGAGUCACCUCCCUGGCCACCACCCCUGGAGGGACACCCACAGACCGGCUUCAAGGGCUGAGCACUCUGAAAGCAGCUACCCCAACAGGCCCUACUCCAGGCAAGGUUAUGAAGACCCCCACUGGCAGUACCCAGCAGCCAGCUACGGGGAUGACUACUCCUACCAAAGCCAGCAGUGGCAGCCGGUGGUCUGGCAGGAUGACAGAGAACUGAGGCAAGGAGAGCCUUAUGGCAAGGGUACCAAUUACCGAGACCAGCACUACUACAGGGGUUACCAUCCCAACCUGGCCACAACUCACCUGAGGCAGGACAGGACACAGACCUAUGACUCCUACAAGGAGAGGUACGUCUCAUCUGCCCGACCCAAGCAGGUGCAGGGAGAAACCCUUGGCAGCGAUUCUGGAGAGGCCAGUGGCCAUUCCCGAGAGCCAUCAGGCAAACCCAGCCUGCUCAUGCAGUACCGUGAGUCGGGGCUCAGCUCCAGCAGCUACGAGCUCAGCCAGUACAUUCGUGAUGAUGCUGACCACUAUGACCCCACGCUUUUGGGGACCUGGAGCCCAGUGCAAGCAGGUGGGCCCUUGGUGUCCACUCCAGCCCCGGUGGUGCCCCUCAAGUUCUCGCUGCCGCAUGUGGCCGUGUGCUUUGGAGCUGGAGGGCAGCUGGUACUGUCGUGUCCCCACUGCCCUGCCCAGGGGCAGCUAGCCCACGUCGAACUGCACAGCCUGGAGGUAAUCCUUCAUGACACGGAAGAGCUGAAGGAGCUACAGGCCUUCCCAGGGCCUCUGGCCAGGGAAGAUCUGCACAAGGUGGAUGUGAUAACAUUUUGCCAGCAGAAGAUAGCCAUGAGCUGCGAUAUCUCAACACAGACAGGGAGAGAUUCAGCUCUUCUCUGGAAACUCCUGAUCCUCCUCUGCCGACAGAAUGGGUCCAUGGUGGGCUCGGACACUGCUGAGCUGUUGAUGCAAGACUGCAGGCUCCAGGGGAAGUACAAGAGGCAAGACCUCGCAGCAAAUCUGAUUGGCCUGACAGCUGACGAGUGGAUGUCGCGUCAACCAGGGACACUGGACCUCAUCACUGGGGAGGUCCCUCCUGUUGUGGAAACCCAGGCACAAAUAGUGGAGAAGUUCACCAAACUCCUCUACUAUGGCAGGAAGAAAGAUGCUCUGGUCUGGGCCAUGAGAAACCAGUUGUGGGGCCAUGCUCUCUUCCUCUCCAGCAAGAUGGACUCUCGAACUUAUAGCUGGGUGCUCACCGGGUUCACCAGCACGCUGGCCACCAAUGACCCGCUGCAGACCCUCUUUCAGCUCAUGUCAGGAAGGAUCCCUCAGGCGGCACUGUGCUGUGGGGAUGCCACGUGGGGAGACUGGAGGCCCCACCUGGCUGUGAUGCUGUCCAACAAGGUUGGGGACAUGGAGCUGAAUCACCGAGCCAUUGUCACCAUGGGAGACACUUUGGCUAGUAAGGGAGCAGUCGAAGCAGCUCAUUUCUGCUACCUGAUGGCAGAUAUUCCUUUUGGUUACUUUGGGGUGAAGGCGGACCGCAUGGUUCUGCUGGGCAGUAGCCACCGCCAGGCGUUUGCCCAGUUUGCCAGGACAGAGGCUAUCCAGCGGAUGGAAAUCUUAGAGUACUGCCAGCACCUACGACAGCCGGAAUCCUUCCUGCUGCCCUUCCAGGUGUACAAGCUCCUCUAUGCCUCUCGCUUGGCUGACCAUGGGCUCCCAGCCCAGGCUCUGCAAUAUUGUGAGCAGAUUGCCACCAUGCUCUUGGGACAAGAUACGGCCAGCCAUCCCAUCCUGGCCCGGCAAGUGGCAAAGCUAGCUGAGCGGCUGAAGCUCUCUGACCCACUGCUCCUGGAGAUGCCAGAGCAAGACCAGACGCUGGAGCCCGACUGGCUGGGGGGGGACCCCGUGGAAGAUGACCUCCCUCCAGAGGUGGCACCCGCUCAGCCAGAGCUUUCCUGGGCUGCUGCAUCAAUGACAGGUGGAGAGCCUGGCCAUGAGCUUCCCCAGAGUGAAAGCUACCAGUAUGACCACUGGUACCAGCCCGUGCCACCCCAGGGGCCCAGCUCCCAUGAGGACCCCUCUCUCCGGCCCCUACCCCCUGCUGAGGUCACAGCAUCACCACAGCUCGACUUUGGGCAAGAGCUGCAGCCUCCCACACUUGGCCCAGUGACAGCCGCCCCUCCGGGAGGGGUUUAUGCUGAGCCCCCUCCACCAGAAGGAGAAGCUGGGGAGCCUUGGGGUGCCUCGCUGUCCCCUGGUGGGGUGCAGCCAUCCGUUCCAGCAGAGCAGGAGGAGUUCAAGGCAAGGGCCCGGACCACCUCGGAAAGCUCCACAGUCUCCUUGGAAGAGGACAGCCAGCCUUCCUUGGAGAACACAGAUGAAGACACCGCCAAAGAGGUGGUGAAGCCAAGUGAGGAUAAGAGCUCCGGAUUCAGGUGGUUUGGUUGGUUUAGGUCGAAGCCCACCAAGGAAACCUCUCCCGAAGCCACGUCCGAGACAGACUCGGACUCCCCCACGCCAGGACCACAGGAGCAGACAUCAUCGCCAUCCCCGUCUGACAUCCCUCUCACAGCUGGGACAAGCCCUUUGGCUCAGCAUCCAUCCAGAAACCCCGGGGGAAUGCAAGGUGAAAACACCUUUCCUGUUAUUCCAGUGUCGAUUGAGGUGAAAGGCUUGUGGGACAUGGAAGGCGGGGAGCCAGCAGGAGAGCAG